AUGAAAUUCCAUCUGGGUCUAGUCGCCUUGACGGCAUUGGCCGCCGGUUCCACCACGCUGCCAAAUGGCAGAGCCAGUUUUCUGACCACGAUAACGCCCAGUAACCAGACUGUGGCGGAGAUCGUCGCGGGUUGGGACCUCGAAAACCUGACUGUGGCGGCGGUGCGCGUCCCACCGGUCAACUGGCCCCUUCCCAUGAUGAACAAGGGUUGGGAUGGGGUCAAACUUGACCUGAACGGCACCGUCGAGCUGGGGAUCCGUCUGAUCCAACAGGCCGCUGCGGCGAAUGCCCGUGUCAUUCAUUUCUCGGAGGUUUGGUUCCCCGGUUAUCCUAAGGGUAUUAUCAACUCCAAUGUCCCGAGCCCCUGGUUCGAAUACCACGUCAAAGAUUACAUCGAGGACUCCUUGGUGGUCGGCAGCGACAACUGGAACAAAUUGGUGCAGGCGGCGGUUGAUAAUCGCAUCUACGUUGGACUCUCAUUCUCCGAGAAAGAUGCCGCCCAUCUGUACAUGGCGCAGUCUCUACUCGCCCCCGACGGCGAGAUCCUCAUCCACCGACACAAGCUGCGGCCCUCGGCCCAGGAGCGCGACCUCUGGACGGACGGCAAACUCGACCAGAUCUACGCUGUCAGCACCCCCAUCGGCCGCAUCGGCAUGCUCUCGUGCGGCGAGCAUACUGCCCCCGAGGUCACCUUUAUCAUGCAGUCGCAGACUGAAGACAUCCAUCUUGGCUCGUGGCCUCUCGUCCCGGAUUUCGGCAAUUCCAGCCUGACCUAUGAGUCAGCUGAGGUUAUCACGUCCUUGGGCCGGGUUUAUGCAAUCCUGGGGGAGGCGAUUGUGGUGCAGGCGGCCAUCGGUACAGCCACCAUCUUCCCUGCAGGGUCUUCGGCAGUCUGGUCCCAGGCUGUGGCCAACGUUUCCUUCACCGACCAUCCGCUCGUCUACCGCUCGUUCAACGCCAGUGCCUUUACGAAUACAACUUAUAACGCUGAUGGGGAGGUCUCGUGGGGCACCCUGCAGGCCAUCAAUGAGGGGUUUCCUGAGUAUAUUCCGCAGGUCGAGGGUACGUUGGUGCCCUGGAAGCAGGAUCUCAUUUCCAUUUUGCUCAAUGAGUCUGUCGUUUGA